CUCACCAUCAGACUCGCUGUGGGUAUAGGUGAAUCUGCAAAAGGUCACACUCUGUCGACUCUCUUGCCUGUACACAUUGCAUCCCCCAUCAUACUUACCAUCACUGAACACCAAAGGUCUAAAGCGCACCGUCUUAAUCGCCAUAAGCUCGUCAAUCCUCACAGCGCUGAAAUCCCGCUCAAACGUACCUCACCAUGUCCCGCUACUUCCCACAUGCGGCGUAUGCAGAGGACCAGCCCCUCGCCCGCACGAUCCUGACCGUCCACGUGCUGGCCCGGGGCUACACCGUCGGUGCCGUAGUGGGUCUCGGAGUAUCCGCAGUCGGCGGGCUCUACACCCGAAUCCUCGGCCCCAAGGCAUCCGCUCCGGCCCCAGUCACCACAGCCCUGCGAUCUGCCCGUUUUCUCCGCUCGACGGGUACGGCCAGCGCCGUUGGCUUGGGGCUCAUGGGCUUCGCGCUCUUGGGGAGGGUGUGGGGGCGCAGCGACAUUGAGUGGCGCGAUCGUGCGUGGCGGCUGAUGGAGAACCAGGGGCAGCUAGAGACGGACGACUGGACGUACGGUGGUGCUGCUGCGGGACUUUUCGCCGCCGCUGCGACGCCACAGAUGAGGGCCGCUGGCGGGUGGAGGGCUGUUGCUGGAGCUGCGGGAUUGGGAAGCGUCGCAGGUACGGUGGGGUAUCUUGUUUGGAGGUAUGGCGUUCAUGACGGUAAGCAUUCCGAAUAUGCUGUUGUUGAGAAAGCUGCGCUGUCAAAUCUGUGAUGUGCACCAGGACGAU